AUGCUCGGAGCGGCAGCGGAGCUGGUGGCCUUGCUCGGGUCGCCUACCUUGGCCGCUGGGCUCGCUGAGGCGCGUACCCGAGGGAGGCGGAUCCCUUCAGCCCUCGAGAGGAACUGCAAGACGCUCGACGGGGCUGCGGCCUUCCUUCGCCAUCCGCGUGAGGCGGAGGCUGUCGUCGCCAGUCUUCGGCGCUGGCUGGAGGAUGGCGCCGUGCCAAGGGCGGGCCUGCAGGUAGAGGACAUCGAGGAGGUGCUCGGCAGCGACGGCAAGUUCGAGGAGGCUGGCCCCACACACCGUUUGGAGCUCGGCACGCAGGUGGUGACCGACGUGUUGGAGCCCAGGGAGGCCGAGGGCAAGCUCGAGCAGAAGUCCGCCCUGAGGGAGCUUCUGGUCGAGCAGGAGCGGAUCAAGACGGUGGAGCACGAGGCACAAGAUCUCGCACACAUGGUGGAGGAACGGCGUUUCAAGAUCGCGCAGCUUGAGAAGGCCAUGAGCGAGCAACACGAGAUCGCCUUCCUCGCAGAUGUCCCCGCCUUUCCCGUCCUGCACAUCUUCGGGGAGGCCCAGUCGUGCAACAUCGAGCAGCUCCAGCGCGACGACGACGCCCAGGAGACCAACGCCCUCCUGCUGAGCUCCACGGAUGACCAGGGCAGGCAGCUGAACGCCGUCGAGGCGAAGGAGAGCAUCUUGAACGGCCAGGUGAGCUCAACGGACGAGUGCGCGCAGGGGACCCUCGGCAACCCGCGGAGCAUCGUGAAGAACUUGGGCUGUCCCCAGCACACCUUCGCAAAGGAGAAGUGCAACGGCGACGCGCUGUCGGUCCAGGUGCGGUGGGGGGCCGCACGAACCCCCACAACCCCCAGUCGGCGCUGGGCAGAGGACCUUUGCGAGGACACCAUGCUCGCGGUGGUCGACGUGGAGGAGCCCCAUGGUAAGACCGCUGGCCUCGCGGCGGCGGCGCUGGAGGGCGAGGAGGUCGACGGGGACGUCCUGAUCCUGAAGGCCUUGCAGUCGCUGAAGGACGACGAGGUGGAGGACCCGUACGACGAGCGGAGGUGCUCGGGAGGACCACGGAGGCUGCUGAUCCUCCAGCGCCAUUUCUUCCAGACCGCGUGCCUCGACGAGAAGGCCGUCGACCUGGAGGAGCUCCAUCGUAUGCUGUCCGAGCUCGAGCAGCUCCGCGCGGCCCAGAGGUCCGCCCUCGUCUCCAAGGCCAGGCGGGCCCGGCAGACGCUGCGCGGGAGGUGA